GUCUCACAUGAUUUCGACCCAACACUAAAUGUCAGUUUUUUCCUUUUCCAUUCCUGACAAAACAAAAGUCUCUUUUAACCUUUAGCAACUUCCACACUCCACUAUCAUAAAUGUCUAAUCAUGUCAGACACGUCCUUCAAGAGAAACCAAAAGGUAGAAACUGCCAUACCCCACUCAGAAUUCAAACGGAUUGAACUAAAUUUCAUUGAACAAAGUUUUGGCAUCCGGUCUAAUCUCAACCGCUCAUCUUACCCAGACUUAAGUCUUAUAAAUAGGUGGAAAAACCUUCCCACUUCUACUUCAUCUUCAACCUCUAGCUUUUCUCUCUGAAAAAGAAAAACCCAUUUCCAAAACCUUGCAACUCCUUGAUAUUCCAAAGCUCUACCGGAACCAUUUCGGUUUGCGCGAGCUUUCACCAUCUUCAUCAUUGCAUCAUCAUCAUCUUCCAGUUCGCCGGCCACCAUCAUGACUUCCACAUCCUCUUCUCAGGUUCCGUCUGCGGUUUCUCUUUUAAAACCCAUUGAAGUUGAAGGGAGGACCUUUGUUCCAGAACCUCCCAAUGAAGAAGAAAAGAUUAAGAUCUGGAAUUCCCAGGUACUUAUUCCCUUCUCCAUUGGUGAUAAGUUGCAUGCAUAUCUAGGACCUUACCAAACUACUUUCCCAAGAAAUGCAUCUGCAUUCUUUCCUUCACCUUUACCGGAUGAGAAAAUCUUGGCCUUUAGGGAUUCCUACAAUCUGUCCUUUUUAGGUGACCCCCCUCGAGCUUUCCGUUCUUCACCUCCAGUGAAAACGAAUCCCUACAUUGAAUGGUUAAACAAAGUCGAGAAAGUGAAAGGAGAUUUCUGGAAAACUUUAGGGAUUUUUGACAUAAUCCAAUUAUCUAGGUCGAAAAUUGUCUACCAUCCAGCAAUGUUAGCCAGUUCUUUCUUCUUUUGGGAGCGUUCGACCAAUACCUUUCAUACUCCUCAGGGAAUGAUUACCCCUACUCUCUUAGAUGUAGCUGCUAUUGCCGGUCUUCGACCUACAGGUUCUUCUUUUACAUUCGACCGGCCUGUUAAGAAAGAAAUCAAAUUAGACUAUAACCAUCUAACUUACAAAAGCUUCAUUCUGAGAAACCACGACAAGACCUCUGCAAAUGUUUCCGACUCGGAACAUGUAGCUUUCUUGUUGUUCUGGCUUUCUGCUUUCUUCCUUUGUUCCAAGUCUCUUCAAGUUCCUCAGAAAUUUGUGCUUCUUGCUCAACUUCUGCACGAAGGUACCGACGUCUGUUUAGGUAAAGUUUUAUUAGGCGAACUUUACCUUUCUUUGAGUCAAGCCAUCACUUCUCUUCAGAAGCCCUCUGGAGCCGAGAAAAACAUCCUUUUUGCUGGACCUCUAUGGUUUCUUCAACUUUGGCUAAAUGCCAUAUUUGAGACCAAACUCUCAACUCCAAGUCCACAAAAUGUCUCGACUUCUAUUGCUGCUUUUCGACUUAAUUGCUUGACUCCUUCCAAAGAUAAAGUCGAUCCAGAAACCACUUUCCGUGAGUUUUUUACUGCUUUUAUGGAAAUGACCUCUUUUACUCCCGACCUUGCUCCAUUUGCUGCUCCAACUACUGGUCCCAAAUGGCUUGUCCGACCUUUCCCAUGCGAAUCUCCGGGCGAACAACUUGAAAGUAUUAGCAUCUGGAGGGAAUUUUUCCGACCUCAAGUUCUUCCCCUUGGUUUCAAAAAAUCUGAGGUGAACGUGUUGGGUUACCAGCCUCAGCUUGUGGCUAGACAAUUCGGCCUAUGUCAAAUCGUUCCUAUCCCUCUUUUCUCAAAAAAGGAUGCCAUUUGCAACGAAGGGUUUUGCGACAAAGAUGUCGACUCUUUUUAUGAAGCCCUCAACUAUUAUGACAAAAAGACGUCUGCUCUUCGUCUUGAACCUCUGUCUUUCGAACCAUCCUUUUAUUGCACUAAAGAAUUUGAAGUUUGGUGGUCGACCUACUACAAGUCUAUUCAGACCACCUUAGGAGUUUGUAUUGGAAAGAUGACUGAAGCUCUUCAAUCUGUGCAGAAAAAGGCUACAAAGAAAACUCGAGCCGAACCAAUACCCAAGGUUCCAUGUAAGGAAGACGAAGGUUCCGACAAUUCAACAGGCAUUCCAGUUCAACAAAAGAACGUCCCUAAGGCUCGAAAGAGAGGUUCUCAAAGCUCGACUUCGGAUGCUCGAAAGAAAAUAAGAAUUUCGUCCGAAAAGGACGACUCAGAAAGAACUUUGGUAGACCCAAUUCCUGAAGACGAGAACAUUUCUUCCAAGACUGUCGAUCCAGAUGAAGCUGCACAAGACAAUGCUAACUCUAAAGCCUCGGACAUUAACGAAGAGAAUCCACCGAUCUCUUCUGCAAAGAAACGUGCCGGGGCUGAGCCGAAUCAAGAGGAGCAACAAGCAGAAACUGACCAAGAAGAUUCUGGCUCCUCUCAAAGCGAAAGUUCGGGAGCUUCUUCUCCGACCAAAACUCAGCAAGAACAAGACAAUUCCUCGAAACCAAAGCCCCCUCCUCAAGUAAUCCAUUUGUCUUCGAACUCUUCUGAUUCCAGUUCUUCUGACUGCCAAAGUCUUGAUGACUUUUUAAACUUUCAACCAUUACGAAUUCAAUAUCCUUCUGGUCGAAUAGUUAGUUAUGUUUCAUCUGACAAUGAGUCCUUUACGCAGGACCUUGGUGCUUCGGCCGAAAAGUCAGAUACUGAUGAAGACCGUCAGCCUAUCCCUUCACCCAUUGCCAAAGUUUCGAAGACCCAAGAAAAAGCCCUUGAGGUUUCGAGCCCUGUUGCUGGCAAGAAGUCUCCUCAGUCCAUUCCUAUCGAAGACUUUGACGCUCUUGCUAUGGAUGACCCAGUAUUAGCCCUUGAGCAACUCAUCAGCGGUCAAGUCUCUCUUAGCACCAGUCGAAGCCAAGAAUCAUCUAUGCAAAACGAAGGCACAAGCACUCUGAACACUGCCACCACCAUGAUCAACAAGCUGCGAUCUCUUACGUUCGAGCAAGAUCUAUUCUCUGCCCUCAACUCGAAUCCUAACUUAGGCCGAGAAAUUAAGCAACUUAUCGCUGACCUUGGCAAUGAGGACCUCACUGAUCAACAAGAAAAGGGCAUUCAAGAAUUACAAGAGUUUCUUGACGAAUCACUCUCGACCCUUGACCAAGCCAAACUUGUCGGUCAAGACUUAGCCUCCAAAUUCACUGAGUGCACACAAGCAGCUGAAUCAUUCGACCAAGCUAAAACCGAAGUGGAUUCCAUCAAAUUACUCGAAGAAGCUGACUCGAUGCAACUGAAUGAAAUUUUGAAACAGAUUGCCGAACUUCAACAACAGGAAAAAUCCCUCAAAGCCAAUCUGGCCAAGUUCAAGAAACAAAAAACCGAAGUUGCUGCCAAGGCCAUUUCUCACGUGAAAGACAAGAAUCGGCUUGAAGGCGAAAUUUCUGAGCUUCAAAACAAGAAGGCGAAGGUUGACAAGCGACUUAAGAAACUCAAGGGUCGAUAUGCUCCCAUGAAAGCCACUCCACCAUUUUAGUCUUCUUAUUUCUAUUGAUCAUGUUUUUUUUUACAUGGCGCCUGUGCCACUUUAUUUCCCUAUGUACUCUCUAAUAGCGUUUUCGCCAUAUUUAUUUUCAGCUUAUGCACUACAUUUCUAUAUCAAUCUUUAUCUCAUGAAUCGCUGGCUUAAACCUUUUUAAGUAUUUUCCAUUUAUC